AUGACUCGGAGCGAGUGGGAUAACGCGGGCGUGGCAUAUCGUAUUGCGGAAAUCGGGUGGCGGAACCCAGGGAGAGGCGGUGGUUUGGUUACGGUGGAGGAGAAGAGACGUUUCUGGAGGAGGGAGACGGUGGCUCCGGGUGAUCGGACGGUUAGGAUCGAUCGGGAGAUGGUGGCGGCCAUUGCUAGGUUAGGGCAGCGAGAGACGCCGAGGUGCGUGAGGGAGAGGCUUUUGCCGGUGGUGGUGUUCUUGUCGCCUUUGCCGGAGGUGAUGACCACGAUGCGUGGGGUCUCUCCGAAGUGCUGCGGCUUGCAGAUAUGCUGGAGGAGGAUUCAGAUUGGGGCAGCGGCUGCUAGGGUUUUGGGUUGUGCUGGAGGGCACGAAUUGAGGCGGCGGUGGCUAGGAUUUUGGUCGGCAUCUAGAGGGUUUUUUAGGGUUGAGGUGCGGCGGCGAUGGAUAGAGUUUUUGUCGUCCUCCAGAUGGGGGUUGAAGUGCGGCGGCAGCGGCAUACGAUUUUGGGUUGUGUUGGAGGAGGCUUGGAUUGGGGAGGUGGCUAGGGUUUUGGUCGGCUUUCUGAGGGAUUUUUUAGGGUUGAGCUGCGGUGGCGAAGGUUUGCUGUGGUGA